AGGUCCCUCCAUAACCUACCAGAGAGCCACAGAUCUCUCUCUCUCUCUCUCUAGCAGUAAGCCCAACUGAACCCGCGCACGCAGCAGUGAGAGAGAGAAAUUAUUCAAAAAUCGGAAGAAAUUCGCCGGAAAUUGAUUCGUAGACGAUGAGCAUCGAGCCGUUCAACAAGCUGGUGAAGCUUACUGCGAGGGCGUUUUACGAUGACAUACCGACGAAAGGGGAGAAUCAGCCCAAGACCGGCCGGAGCGAUAAUCGGGGGAUUGCCGUGGUGGUGCUCGAUGCUCUAUCGAGACGACAAUGGGUAAGGGAAGAAGAUUUGGCAAAGGACUUGAAACUGCACUCGAAGCAACUUCGUCGUACUUUGCGAUUUUUUGAGGAGGAAAAACUGGUCACCAGAGAUCAUAGGAGAGAGACAGCUAAGGGUGCAAAGGUGCACAAUGCAGCUGUUGCUGCCACAGGAGAUGGUCCACCUGUAAAAGAAGGUGAAGAGAAAGUUAAGAUGCACACUCACUCUUACUGCUGUCUGGAUUAUGCACAGAUAUAUGAUGUGGUAAGGUACAGACUGCACCGUUUGCGGAAAAAACUGAAAGAUGAGUUGGAGGACAAGAACACAGUUCAGGAAUAUGUAUGCCCCAACUGUGGGAAAAGAUACAACGCUUUAGAUGCGCUGCAACUGGUGUCUAUGGAGGAUGAGUACUUCCAUUGUGAAAGUUGCAAUGGAGAACUUGUGGCUGAGAGUGACAAGCUAGCUUCGCAAGAAGUAGUAGGAGAUGGAGACGACAAUGCAAGGAGGCGGCGACGUGAAAAAUUAAAAGACUUGCUUCAAAAGAUGGAGGUACAGCUGAAGCCUCUAAUGGACCAAAUUAAUAGAGUUAAAGACUUAUCUCCUCCUGAAUUUGGAAGUCUCCAAGCUUGGGAAGCGCGAGCAAGUGCUGCUAGACGUGCAGAGAAUGGUGAGUCUAGUGCCAUGGAUCCCUCCAAAUCUUCUCAUGGGAUGGGAUACGGUGGAACGCCAAUGCCCUUUCUUGGAGAUACAAAGGUUGAAGUUGAUUUCUCUGGGGUUGAAGGAAAAGGAAAGGAUAUUAAAUCUGAAGCUGAUGGUACAAGCCUGAAAGUUUUGCCACCUUGGAUGAUCAAGCAAGGCAUGAACCUUACAAAAGAACAACGUGGAGAGGUCAAGCAGGAGCAAAAGAUGGAUGGCAGUGCAAGUGUAGCAGCUCCAGAGUUCUCAGAAGACAAAAAAUUCAGUACCGAAAAUAAUGAGAAAAAUAUACAGGAUGAGUAUUUAAAAGCUUAUUAUGCUGCUCUAAUAAAAAGACAGCAAGAAGAAGAAGCAAAGAAAGCACAGGAAACACAGAUCUCCGAUGGUCCCUCUGCAGUGUCUCCUAAUCGUCGGGUUGGCAUGAAGUCAAAGCGCGAGGAUGAAGGAGAAGAUACUGUAGACUGGGAAGAGGCUCCAGUAACAGGUAAUGCAGAAAAUUAUAAGGUCCAUGACUUGAAUGUCGAAGCUGAUGCUACAGCGGACGAUGAGGAUGAUAUAGACUGGGAGGAAGGCUAAAGAACAUGACUUGAACACCGAAGCUGAUGCUAUUGACGAGGAUGAUUUAGGGAACGGUAUGGAUUUCAAGGAUCUGAAAGGUCCAAAGUAAUCAAAAGCAGUCCUUAGGUCCCCACCGUAGGUGCAGUUUCCCUUUUCUUGUGUAUUAGGUGGAGUACUGCUGAUUUUUACUUAGUCCUGGCUUCGUUUGUUACUCCUCGAGACUUUGCUGGCAGAUUUAGUGUGACAAAUGCGACAGUUUCACGUAAUUUUCAUCGACUCGGUAUCCUUUGAAGGAUUUGUAUACUGUGAAUUCCGAUGGUUUUGCUAGGAUUUAGGUCCAACUAUUGUAAAGUUACAAAAAAAUAUCAUCAGAGUUGGUACAAUUUAGGUAAAUUAGUGGAAAUUCUUGUGUUCUUAAAAUUA